CAUUGACUUCCGGUAUCAUCGCGGAAAUAGCUCGAUCAAAGAACGGCUACUUCCGCCUUGGAGUUGCUUUUCUUGACAUUUCUAAAAUGACGGCCACCUUGCGGCCUUACCUGAACGCGGUGCGAGCCACCCUUCAGGCCGCCCUCUGCUUGGAGAACUUCUCAUCUCAGGUGGUGGAGAGACACAACAAGCCCGAGGUGGAAGUACGGAGCAGCAAAGAACUUUUACUCCAGCCUGUCGUCAUAAGCCGCAAUGACAAGGAGAAAGUCCUCAUCGAAGGCUCCAUCAACUCCGUCAGAGUCAGCAUCGCCGUUAAGCAGGCGGAUGAGAUUGAGAAGAUUCUGUGCCAUAAAUUCAUGCGCUUCAUGAUGAUGAGGGCUGAGAAUUUCUUCAUUUUGAGGAGGAAGCCAGUGGAGGGCUAUGACAUCAGCUUCCUGAUCACCAACUUCCACACGGAGCAAAUGUACAAGCACAAGCUGGUUGACUUUGUCAUUCACUUCAUGGAGGAGAUCGACAAGGAAAUCAGCGAGAUGAAACUGUCCGUUAAUGCCAGAGCUCGCAUUGUUGCAGAGGAGUUCCUAAAAAAUUUCUGAGACGGAAAGAAAACAUUCCACAAGUGUUGACGUGAGGGAAGAAAGACAUCAGCAGAGAUGACUAAUAUAAAUAAUGUACAAAUACUGUGCUUCUUUGUAAUCCACGUUGACGAGCACAGGCUGGAUUUGUUUUCCCUGAGGUUUGAGUUUGUUUUUUAAUAUAUAUUUUAUUGUGCUAUGGUUUUUGUUAUGACCAUGAUGCAAUCAUUUGGUGCACGUUAUGUUUUAUUAUAAGAGUUCAACUUAUUGUAGAUUGAAAUCAUCCAAAAUAAUAAAUAUUCAUGCUGGCUGUAAGGAUGAAAUUGUACAUUUGAGGAUUGAAUCUGUUUUCUGCAUUUGACUGGCGACCACUGGGCUGCUAUAGCGACCAGCUCACCAGUGAUUGUAAUGGGGAUAGUCAUCAUAGAAACAUGCAUAGAAAGUCCGCCACUAGCAAGAAGUGAAACUUUUAUUGACAUUUGUACAGCUUUUAAGGAGCAGCAAGGCGAGUACACUUCACAUUUAUGUACAAAAAACCCCAAUAUAAAAUACAAACAUGUACAUCAUUAUCAUUUGACAAACAUGUUUGUAUUGGUGUCAGUGUACAGGCACCAAUAUGAAGACAACAGGAAAUAAGCAUUUGAAGUAAGAAUCUUGGGGAUGUGCAUCGAGUAGUUGAUGCAUGAUGUUUUGAGUGUGCAACUUUCUAACAUUUUCACCCAUUAACAAUAAAAAAAAUUGGAAUCAUUGCUCAGCUUUAAAGCAGAUUUGUUUGCAAUUACACCGUUGACCACAUUUAACUUUACACAUAAAAGACAAUGUUACCCCCAAUAUUACUGUAGUUCAUCUAUUCAUAUUGACCUACUUGUUCAAAAGGCUUUAAAUCAGGUGUGAGACCAGGAAAAAGCUCCAAAGUGACAGCAUUUUCCCCCCCUGUAUACUGAACAUAUUUCCACAGCUUAUGUAUGACAACACCAAAUUUACUCAUAUAUUGGCUGUCACUAAUACAGCGAUUUUCAAAGUGCAGUUCUAAUCCCAUUCGUGGUAUGUUAAAUAAUCACUAUGUUGAGGUUUUUUCAGUACAUUUGUAAUAGAUAUCUACUGUUCUGGAGCUUAAUCAAAAUACCAGCAACUGUAUUAUAGGUUUGCAGAUAGAUUCAAGUAGAGUGUGGACUUUGGAUUACUGUGCAUCUUGAUGUUUAUCCAUCCCUUCAUAUGUCCUUCAUGCUGGGGUGUGGUGUUAUUUAAAUCACCCAAAUAUUCUAGUAACCCUACUAGUUACAGAAAUAUGGUUCUCAUCCACAGAGACGGGGGGGGGGUUGAGGUCAAAACCAAAGCACAUCUUAAAACGCGCAAGCUACAGUCAUUGGAGAGUUCUUCCUCUCACACGCAGCUUUAAAAUAUGGCGACAGUGGCAGUUUGGGAGGAUGCGUUGCAUACGACAGUGUAACAAAAAAAUAAA